UACCAUUGGUCGCUAAUUAUUAAGAGAUUAUUUACCUAAUAUACAACUAUAUUACUAAACUACUGGGAAGAGAUGCUUCCAACUUCCAAAUAAUUUAUUUAUUUAUCAUAUUUCUCUGAAAAAUGAAUAUAAUACACUUAUUAGAUCUUUGUUUUUAAUAGUUUCCGGUUAAAAAUACUUUGGGCAUUUGAUAUAAAAGUAUAACAAUACGAAUAAUUUUGUCUCCAGAUGGCGCGUUAGAUCAAAUACACUAAUACAAUCCAUUGAGCAUUCUACCAGGCCAAAUCUAUAUGGCAGAGCCGUUCAAAAGAAUUUAACCCAAAAAUUGAUUAAUCAGGCAAUAUACGAAAUAUCCAUGGCAGCUGAUGAAAAAGGAAUAUUUAAAUGGUUCUUAGUAGCUGCAUCGUUUAUUGUUCAAUCAAUAGCUACUUCAAUUGUUUAUUCCUAUGGAAUUUUCUACAUAGAAUAUUUGAAAAAGUUUGAAUGGAACCAUUUAAGAAUUUCUUGUAUAGGUGCCAUGCUCAUGUCGUCUGCUGUUUUAGGCGGAUUACCAGCCUGCGUACUAAUUAAUAAAUUGGGAUGCAGAUUAACUGUUUUAUCUGGUGCAUUGGUUUCGGCAAUUCCUUUUGCCCUUUCGAAUUUCUUAUUGGAGAAUUUUUAUUAUAUUCUCUGUAUAAGGGGAAUGGUCCUAGGAUUGGGUCUUGGCUUGACUAUUCUACCUUCUAUUCUUAUUGUACAUGUCUAUUUCGAAAAGAGUAAAACACUUGCUCUUUCUCUAAUAAUCAGCGGAUCAAGCUUGGGAUUAGCAAUAGUUCCUUAUGCUAUUCUUAGAUUGAAAGAGCACAGUACUAUUAUUAAUAAUUAUUCAUUAAUGGGUAUAUGUCUGCUGAUGGUACCUUGCAGUUUAUUUAUGACUGAAAAAGGUAAAACUACAUUAAAACUAACGAGAGGAAUGAUGGAUCUUUUCGAUCCAAUGCUAAUACAUCAUCAAGCGUUUUUGGUUCUGGUCGCUUGUAAUUUUAUAUGGAGUCUGGGAUCCUCUAUCUUUUUCAUGUAUCUGCCAGUUCAGGGAUAUUUAACCGGAAAUGGAUUAAAUCGUAGCGUGUACAUAAUAAUCGCUAUUUCUAUAACAAUUUUCAUCAUCAAACCAAUGUUAACUAUAUUUAACCAGGCUGCAACUUUUGAUCAUGGUACAGCUUUUGUCUUUACAAUUGUACUACCAGUUUUAUUUACAACAUUCUGUGGCGAAGCCAGCGUGUCGUACACUGGACAAAUGGGUUACUCAAUACUAUUUGGAAUACAUGUAGCAUUUUGGACUACGUACACCAGGUCAGCUAGCCAAGAGUUAAUUGGUCAAGAGAACCUGGCUCUAGGCAAGGGCUUUAUAAUAACAAGCAUCGGACUUGGUCUACUUGUUGGGCCAAUAUUUGCUGGUCUUUUAUUAGAUAUGCUUAAAACAACAUAUUAUGUCUUUUAUCUCUCAGGAAUGGCACUGAUUUUAGCAGGUGUCAUAAUGCUUAUUGCUAAAUUAACAGGUUGUACGAAUGUUUAUAGUGACAAAAAAGUAGAUAUAAGCGAAACAAUAGCAUUUGUCGAUAAUGCAAGCUCUACUAAUUCAACUCCCACCGAGAGUAUUACCUAUAACGACCCAUUGGAGAGCGCUUUGUACGAAAUUAUGGUGUCAGGUUCAACAGUUCAGGCAAGAAGGGCAAUAGCAACUUUACACAUUGAUUCAAAAAGAACGGAUUCAAGCUUUAAAAUAACAAAAGCUUAAUUUAUUUAUAGUAAAGACACAAUAUGUUUGUAGAAUUAUAAACAAAAUUUUUGGCCUAUUUUGUUGAAAUUACCAAUUAGCAUUAAUCUAUUAUAAUUUGUCUUUAAAAGCAACAACAACCAACAAAAUAUAAACAUUUUUCACUUUUUUUCUCAUACAAAAGGUUCCACUUUGUUUUACAACCGAAAUUUCUAACCUAUAUGUAUUUAUAUGUUAUUUUGACGUCAUAUUUAUAUAUGUUAUUUACUUAAAAAAGGAAAUGUUUUAUCCAAAAGAAAAGUUAAACGAAGGAAACUUAACAUAAACAAAACAAAAAUAAAUAACAAUGGGAAAAGAGUUGAAUUUGUGCCCAUAAAGAAAUUAUUUAUUACACAAUUUGAAAAAUCUGCAGAUUUUAUCCAAAAAAAGGAGUUAAACAUUAAACUAUCGAGUUUUGGAAUGAAGUGAUAAAUAACUGCCACUCUUUUAUUUAAUAAUUCUAGUCUUUCAACUAUUUGUAAAAUUUUUUUUUAGACUUUCCAGUAAAAUUCUAUACUCUUUACGGCUUUAGAAUAAUGUAUAUCAUUAUGUAUUUUAACUAACGAUAUAUGAUCUUUUCAAUAAUAACAUGUUCUCCGUUUCUGUAUAUAGAUAUAUAUUUUUAUAAAAUUUUAUUUAUCAAUAAAUGACUUAGUGUUU